CUGAGGGGCGAUGACAUUGUUGUCCUUGUUGAAGAAGCCGUUGCGGGCAGCUCACUGGGUGAUGGAUUGGCUUACGGUAUUAUUCGAGCUCAGCAAGCGCGAUUUCUAGCGGUCCCUGGAGGAAAAGCACGCGAUAAGCCCCAUCUCAAUGUGGGUACGAUUGGUCAUGUUGAUCAUGGUAAAACCACCUUGACAUCUGCCAUCACAAAAGUGCUGGCCGCAUCAAAAGGUGCGCAGUAUCGCAAGUACGAAGAUAUUGACAACGCUCCCGAAGAAAAGGCCAGAGGUAUCACAAUAAACGCAUUCCAUUUGGAGUAUGAGACUGCCAAGCGUCAUUAUGCUCAUAUUGACUGCCCUGGACAUGCUGACUACAUCAAGAAUAUGAUUACUGGUGCAGCUCAAAUGGAAGGUGCUAUUCUUGUCGUUGCUGCAACGGAUGGAGCUAUGCCGCAGACACGUGAGCACCUUUUGCUUGCCCGUCAAGUAGGAAUUCCUCGUGAAAAUGUUGCUGUAUAUCUGAAUAAGGUUGAUGAGGUUCCUGACCAAGAAACUCGUGAACUUGUUGAAAUGGAAAUUCGCGAACUGCUCAACGAAUUCGAAUAUCCAGGCGACACAGCUCCGGUUGUCUUUGGCUCUGCCCUAUGCGCUCUCGAAGGAAAGAGACCAGAAAUCGGAGAAGAGUCCGUCAAGCAGCUACUGAACGUUCUCGACGAGAAGUUUGUUAUCCCUGAAAGAGUUGUCAAUACUGAAGCCAUGUUUGCCGCUGAACACGUCUACUCGAUUCAGGGAAGAGGUACUGUAAUUACCGGUAAGCUGGAGAGAGGAACACUAAAACGUGGUGACAAGAUUGAAAUUAUCGGCUGUGAUCGAGAAAAUGUAAAGUCGGUUAUAUCUGGAUUGGAGUCGUUCCGCAAGACUGUAGAGCAGGCGGAACCAGGAGAUCAGCUUGGUGUACUGCUUCGUGGACUAGGACCAAAGGAUGUUCGUCGAGGAUGCGUUCUUCUUCCGCAGGGUCAUAAGCAUAAGGCAACGGAUAAAGCCAAGGCACAGCUGUACGUUCUCAAACCCUCUGAGGGUGGUGCGAAAACCCCGAUAGCAAACUAUUUCACCGAGCACAUCUUCUCUCUCACAUGGGAUUCCACAGCUUUGCUCAAGGUUGUCGGUAAGGAUUUCGUCAUGCCGGGAGAAGCUGCUGAAGUGGAACUGAGUUUGAGCCAGAAGAUGUUUAUUGAACCACAACAACGAUUCACAAUCCGCAAAGGAACGACGACUGUAGGAACGGGUGUGUUUACAGAAAAUCUCCCUCCCAUGACGGAAGAAGAAAAGAAUCCCCGUAACAAGAAGAAGUUGAUGAAGGCGGAAAUGGAGCGGCUAGGAUUCAAUCCAUAUGGCGAAAUUGCCGAAAAGCGAUUGAAACCUGAUUAUUCGAAAUCGCCAAAGGAUAACCCGGCAGCUAAAGCUUUUGAGGGUGUAGAACAAUGA